CUCUUCUCUCUGGAUUACAGCCGAGGCAGCACGCUAACGGGACGCUUACCGAGCCAUAAAACGUCGAAUAAAACCAAGACUUCCCAUUCAAGUUACCAAAGGUAGCGUACAUUAUCCUCCAGCAUGCCAAAACAAAGUGAGUAGAGAAGAGACCCCUUUAAUAGAGAAAUGGAUCAGUCUGGGCCAAACCAUCAGCCAGGAGGAGCCCCUCAGCAUGCUGUACCAGUGGGGACCUUCAGGCAGGGUAAUAAUGCCACUAUGGAGAGAAGCAUCAUCAGCGGAGACAAAGUCCAGUUUGGGAGGCUGCGGCAACACACGCGUCUGUCCGAGAGCCAAAGCUCUGGGGCUGAAGAGGAGUGUUUGAGCAACUCCAUGAAAGCAAGCGGAUCCUAUGGUCAAAGCCCCAACCUCCAUGGCAUGCAGGCAGAGGGAACAUUGUACAACCGCAGUGCCUUUGAGAAGGCUGAGCACAACUACCAACGGUGGCUCGCCUCCAAUGGCAACGGACCACUGUCAUCCUCUCCAAGGAGUCCAAACACCAGAAGCUACAUGACCUUCCAGUCCAGACUCGGCCGCGGUCAACAGCAGGAUCAGGGGCACCCCGUCACCACUGUGAAGGCCUCUGGUACCCCCCACCGUCGGUACAGUAGAGGCCGCAAUCGCACCUCCUCUGAGACCGAGCAGGGGGGCAGAGGCAGCAGGGGGCCGACCCAGAGGAAGAGGGGCUUCUCUGAGACGGAAAGCAGGCCCAGAUGGGACAAUACCAAAAUGAGUGGACUGCAGUGCCUCGCCUCCGAGAACAUCUGGUUCGACAAACAGCGCUACGAUGAAGCUGAGAAGUGCUUCUACGAGGGAGCCAACGGACCGUCUUCACAGGAGAGAGAUGUAAAUGCCAUCCUGCAGGACAUUGCUAAAUCCCGACAGAAUAUCCUGCAGUCCCUAAACGGAGUGAAAACAGCCCUGCCCAAAGGGCGCCAGCAGAAACGGCAGCACAGAAACUCAUCUUCGUAUGCAGGAGACCAGGAGCUGGUUACACGCAUGAAGAGCAUGGAACUGGAGAACCACACUCUGCACACAGUGGUGGAGGAGAUGAGAGCUGCCCUGCAGAAGUUGGAGUCCAGAGUGGCUCAGCUGGAAAAGAGCCCAGCAGGCGUCCCAUGUGCUAAGGCUGCCCCAGUACACGCUGCUCAAGUAAAGGUGGAAAAUGGUGACGACGAUGAUGAUGAUGACGACAUGGACUUGUUCGGCAGUGAUGAUGACGACGAGGAGGCAGAACGCCUCAAGCAGGAGCGCAUAGAUGCCUAUGCAGCCAAGAAGUCCAAGAAACCCACCCUCAUCGCCAAGUCAUCUAUCCUGUUGGACGUCAAGCCCUGGGACGAUGAGACAGAUAUGAAGAAGCUGGAGGAGUGUGUGCGCUCGGUGCAGAUGGACGGGCUCCUGUGGGGAGCAUCCAAACUGCUGCCAGUUGGCUACGGCAUCAAGAAGCUGCAGAUCAACUGCGUGGUCGAGGACGACAAAGUCGGCACCGACAUCCUGGAGGAGGAGAUCACCAAGUUUGAGGACUAUAUCCAGAGUGUAGAUGUUGCUGCCUUCAAUAAGAUCUAAGCUCCACCAAAGUCUUGCUGCUGUUCCCAGUUUGCACGGUUAUUAAAAUGCUAAGUUUUGAGCACAAA